GGUUAUAGUGAGCCCAAUCAGUCAUACAGAAAGUACAAACCAACAUGGUAAAAGUGUGAGAAUGGACAGAUGCUUAUUGUUUAAAAAAUGAUUAUGUUGCCACAGUAGAGUUGCUACUGAGUUCAGCGUUCUGCCUAAUUAACUUUUAGAUUUCAGUCAAAUGACCAGGUCCUGUGGCAUACCAACACCUCUCUGAAGUACUGAAUGCCUUUGCUUCCCAUGGACUUCAGUUGAGGGCACUCAGCAUCUCUCAUGAUCAGGCACAAAGACUUUAGUUGAAAAGUUGGAUAGAUAAGGAAAUGCUUAUCUGCGUGAUAAAUUGUGGUAAAUAUCACACUGUCGUCUGCUGGUCUGGGCUACUAUAACCACUUGUAGUCUAAGGAAGAGUCAGAAUGAGAGAAAGAGGAAGAAGAAAUGAAAAAUAUCCAUACUACAUACAUUUAAAAAGUUUAACAAACCUUAAGAAACUGCACCUUACUGCAAAAGGUUUAUGGAGUGAUUUUUAUUAUGAAAAUGAUUGCAGUACCUUUAAGUAUUAAUAAUAAUGUGAAGCUUUUUACUAUAGUGAAAAGUUUGUAAACACUUUUGUUGCAAAUCAUGUAUGUAGUGUAGCAAAUGUACACUGUACUUUACAAACAUAGUAAGUGACAUAUUCCUUGCCCGAAAAAGCUGACAGUCAAGGGCAUCUGCACAGAGAAGACACUUACUCCUGUAUGGAAACCCAUUGAAAUAAAUGAGGUUCUUCACAAUUACCCAUAUGGAUCAGUUCAGGAUUGGAUGGCAUAAAGGUGCACAACCAGAAGUGACUACCAAAUAUGGGCGACUUCAAGGAAAACAGACCAGCGUGAAAGGAACAGACAGGCUCGUGAAUGUUUUUCUUGGAAUUCCUUUUGCAAAACCACCUCUGGGAUCCCUGAGAUUUUCCCCACCACAACAAGCAGAGCCAUGGAAAGGUCUGAGAGCUGCAACUUCCUAUCCACCAAUGUGCCUACAAGACACGGAGUGGAUAAAGACAAUGACAACCGUGUUAAAAGCUGAAUUUCCUCCCUUAAUGGUUUCUGAAGAUUGUUUAUAUCUGAAUGUUUACACUCCUGCCCAUUCAGACAAGAAGGCUAAGUUACCUGUUAUGGUGUGGAUCCAUGGAGGAGGUUUGCUGAAUGGUGGGGCUUCGAUAUAUGAUGGGUCAGCACUAUCUGCCUAUGAAAAUGUGGUGGUGGUAGCUGUCCAGUAUAGGUUAGGUAUCACUGGAUUCUUUAGUACUGGUGAUGAACAUGCUCGUGGAAACUGGGGCUUAUUGGAUCAAGUGGCAGCUUUGCAGUGGGUUCAGGAAAAUAUUGAUUUUUUUGGAGGAGAUCCAGAGUCUGUUACUAUAUUUGGAGAGUCUGCAGGAGGAUUCUGUGUUGGAGCACAUAUUUUAUCACCAUUGUCAAAAGGUUUGUUCCAUAAAGCCAUAUCAGAAAGUGGAGUUGCUCAACUUCCUGGCUUCUUUAUUUCCCAUCCUCAAGCAGUUGUUAAUUUGCAGGUAAUUGCUAAUAUAUCUGGCUGUGAGACAACCAGUUCUGCAAUGGUUCACUGUUUAAGGAAGAAAAUGGAUAAGGAAAUAAUGACCCUGAGUGCUGAUCUAAUUAAGGUAGGUGAGAGUUGCUAAUUUAGGAGCUACCCCAAGGCUCAUUAAGAUCAAUAGAAAGACUCCCAUUGACUUCAGUGGGCUUUGGAUUGGCCCUUAAUGCAGUUACUGAUAUUUAGGGCUUGUCUACAUUUACACUGUGCCCUUGCAGCCCUUCCGUGAAGAUGCUGAAUGGGAGAGCUUCUCUCAUCAGUGUAGGUACUCCACCUCCCCAAGAGGUGGUCGCUGGGUCAGUGGGAGAAGCCCUCUUGUUGAUAUAGUGCUGUCAGCACUGAGGAUUAGGUCAGUAUAACUGUGUCCGUCAGGGGUGUGGAAAAUCCACACCCUGGAGUGAUGCAGUUGUACUGACACAAGUUCCUAGCGUAGACCAGGAUUGAGCGUUUCAUACAAGGAUGGUCCACUGAGUUGCAGAAUUUGAAUCCACAUUUCAAACUCCACAAAGAGUAUCUGAAUCCAGGACUUGGGUUCAAGCCCAUUUUUAAUUUUAUGACAUUUAUUACUUGUUUAUUCUGCUACCCACUGAUUCUACACCCACACAAAGCUUAUUGCAGUUUUAUUUCUGAUUAUUUAUAGUACAUCUGCACACUGAGGCUUCUGUAUCAAGCAUUAGCAUGGGAAAGUAAGCAGGCUUCACAGAGCCAGCUGUCAGCAGAUAGAGUGAAUUCAGGAAUGCCUCCAUUUCUGUGAAGGGGAUUUCAGGGUAGAGAGGAAAAGGAGCAACAGCAGCAGCUGUGGGGAAUGGACAGUUGGCCUCGGGAGUAUGUGAGUGACAAUGGAGCUCCCAAAUGUAAAGUUAAAAGACGAUUAAUGUUUUCUUUGGAAGGAGGUUCUAGUGGUCUAAAACUCUCUUCUGUGGCCCAAAAGUCCUCAGGGGACAACUGGCUGGCCCUCUCCCCAAUCCUAUGAUCUUCCAGAAGCACUCAGAUGGCUCACUUCAGUCUCCAGAGACUACAGGGGAGCCAAUACCUGUCCACUGGGCUAUUGGCCAGGCGAGUAAAGAGCCUUCUGGAAGAGAAGCUUUUUCUCUGUUUUCACCCUCCUCAGUCUAGCAGUGAUGCUGUUGCUGCUAAACGCAGCUUGGGAACAGAGACAUGCAGUGUUCUGUGGACUUAGACAUCUACCAGAUUUGCAUCCACAAAUGCGGUUUGUAUAUGCACACCAGAUUUUAUGUGCACUAAGCGUUAAUCUUAGAAACAAAAAACUUGGCACCCUCAAUUUUAGACACCAGGUGAGGCCACUUUGAAAAUGGGCCCCUAAACAUUUGUAAUUCUAUUCUGUCAUUUCCAGAUAUGUUGUUCCAGAAAUGUAUGUUAGCAUUGCAAGAAAAUAUAUCCUCUAUUCCAGAAAGACUGGACGUAUGUGUGCUCAUUUUAGUGCCAAAGGGGGUGGCCACACCCUUACUUGGGAUUAUUUUAAUGUUCUUGGGCUCUUCAUACUUUAUUUUUCACAACAGGUGAGCAGCAGCUGUUCAGGUCAGUGCUGCUGCUCACCUGUUGUGAAAAAUAAAUUAAUGGUCCCUGUCAAACUGGGAAAUAUAGCUAGCACACAGGGAAUGUUUCCAGUGCCAGAGUCAUUUUUUCUUAGAAGGCAGAAUUAAAGUACGUUACACAGCAGUAUAAAUGCCACUGCUGGUAAUUUACCAUCCUCUCUUUUGUAGUCAUGUAAACGGUUCUUUGAAAUUCUUCCAUAUUAUUGUAGUCUUAAUUAUACUGUGACGUUGUGCAGUCUAUAUGGUUUUAUAAAAAUAUGAUAAGUGAAUA